AUGGCGGAAGUAAUCGAGAACAGGGGCGCCGAGCUCAUGGGAGUAAACAUCUCUUUUUACUCUAUAGCUCUAAUAACAUGCCUACUGCGAUGUUAUGUCCGCAGCUUCGUGGUUGAUGCGUUUCGAACAGACGAUUGGCUUAUGGUUCUAUCAACGAUAUUCUUCACUCUAUAUGCCACUUUCUCAACUGUCGGUGUCACAUUCGGUACAGGCCGCCACCACGAUGAUCUCGAGACCGACCAAAUCUCUAACGCUAUGAUGUGUUGGUGGUUCUGUUAUCUCUGGUACUGCCUCGCUAUGAUUACCUGCAAGUUAUCCAUUGGAUACUUUCUACUUCGAGUCGCCACCGAAAAAGUCCAAAAAUGGAUCAUUUAUCUCGCCAUGUUCUCUACUGCCUUGUCCGGCAUCAUCUUUUUCUUUGUCACUGUUUUUCAAUGCCAUCCUAUAUCGUACUUUUGGAACAGGGAACAGGAUGGCACAUGUAUUAACCCCACCGUUGUCAUCGCGCUGGCCGUCCUGUACAGUGUUUUUGCCGUGGGUUCCGACCUUGUAUUCGCGAUUCUCCCAGGCUUCAUCGUUUGGAACCUGCAACUGCACAAGAGAACGAAAUAUUCACUAAUCCCGCUUCUUGCAAUGGGUUGCGUUGCGAGUGCUGCCGUCAUCACCCGCUUCCCGUACUUGCACCUGAUCAGAUCGCCUGAUUUUCUCUGGGACACGACAGAUAUUGCGAUCUGGUCAACAAUCGAGCAAGGCUUGGCAAUCACUGCCAGUAGCAUGGCGACCCUGCGACCUCUGCUCAAGCAAUUUGCGUUCCGUCUCGGCUUGACAAGUAAGCCUGUAUCGGUUGGCCCCUCGGGCUACAAGAACAACUCACGAACUGCUGGCGCUGCAACCCCCAAGGCAUUUUCUGGGCGCGACGCCUACACGUUAUCAUCUGUCAGUCGCAAUGCCCCCGAGAAGAGAGGGACAAAUUUCUUUUCUGGCGACGUUGAAGCCGGCAUCAAGAAGGAGAUAAAGUGGGAGGUCAAGAUAUCAAGAACAGCGGCGAGUGAAAGCCAAGAAGAGCUUCACUCACCCAUGAGUGCCAGACCUAGAAAUGUCAUUUAA